AUGAGCGCCGAGGAGGAACUGCAGGCCGAGGUCGAGGAGCUGCAGCGGCAGCUCGAGAAGCAGCGAGCCCUCGCGAGACAGCAUCAGGAUGAGCUUGAGCGGGCCUGUCUGCAGCUAGAGCAGACUGCUGAAAGCCAGCGCCAGCACAUUUUGGUGCUUGAAAAGCGCAUGCGUGACCUGGACCGACUACAAGAGGAGCAAAAUGACAGCGACCAACGUCAAGCAGGUACCAUCUCCAAGCAAAACCUGGAAAUUCGCAAGCUGCACUUUCAACAGCGGCGCCAAAGUCCUUCUCCCAGAGGAAGCUUCACCAAACUCGGCGCUGACACCAGUCCCGAACAGCAAAAACGCGUGACAAUCAGCAGUGCCACCUCGGCCGCUGCCGUUCAGGCUCGCCAAAAGGCCAAAGCGGCCUAUUUAUCUAAACAGCAGGAACUACGUGACCGCCAGGACAAUGUUGCUCGAUUUGAGGACAUGAUGGCGCUGGCUUCGCGCCGCAAAGCAGAGUUAUCCCAAGAACAGGAGCGCACAGCCCAGGCCGCAGAGGCCCAGGCCCGAGCUUUCCAAGAGGAAAUCAGCCGGCUGAGGGAUUUGUUGGACGAAGAACGAGAGCUACGCCGCUCCUUGGAGCAUGCGACUGGAUUUCAGAACGAAGUUUCCAGUGCUGACAUGGGCGGGUCCGGGUCGCUGGCCGAUGAGCUUGCCCUGGCUGCCCUGGACCCCACUGCCAAUCUGGACAAAUCACCAAGUGAACCAGCCGAGUCCAGCGAGCCAGAUCAGCUCACAGGCGAGCGCGUCACGCUGGGCGUCCCGCUCUCUCUUGCCUCGGAGACGUCUGCCUGGUUGUUGCUGAUAAUUUGUCCGGGUGCUUGGUUGGACGAGUUUUCUCAGCUGGCGGCGCUCGAGGCCGAGAAAGGGAACGAGCCUUUGGAUAAUGCGGAGCACAAUGGCGUCGCAGAGGGCGAGUGCCAAUCAUUGGAUAUUGACACCGAGGAGCAAGAGCUGAGCGAGCUGGCACAGCAAGCCGAAGAGUUGGCUGAGCUGCGGGCUGAUCUUGAGGAGGCAUGUGAAGCCCGAGACAUGCUAUGGAGUCAAACUGUCAAGCUGAAGGAGGAGCGGCAAGCUACACUCCGGCAGACUGAUGCGGCCAACCGGGAGUUGGCCAAGGCACUCUCCGAGCUGAAUGACACCAAGCUGGAGCGCGAUUCACUGCAGAGGCGCUUGUUGCGCCGAGGCAAACGCUUGGUUGAAUUGCAGCAGCUAGCCAUCGCACGCGGCUUCCAUGCCGAAGCCGAGGCGGUGAUUCGCCAUGCCGACGCCGUCUCGCGCCAGUUUGCGCCGGCUGAGAUGGCCAUGCGACAGCGAACUAAUACCAUGCAGCGCCUUGAGGGCCGUCGUCAGAGCCAGAGCUUACCUCAAGGGUCAGAUCCAAGCCCGUUGGCUGCGGCUCGGGCCGCGGCCAGAGCUGCUGCUUCCGGGCAAACGCAUGCUGCUGCUUCGCACUCCGCCCCUGCGAGCCCAUCAACGAUGCAGAGUGGCUUAAACUUGGCAGGCCCUGGUGCACGAGUGCGCGGCGCCACCUUAUCCGGGGCGGCUAGCACCCGGGCGCCAGCAGCACGUCGGGCUAGUAGUUCAUCUCGAAUGUGGAUGCCCGUGCAGCCAGCUUUGAUCGAGGACGAGGCGCCGGCUGCCGCGGGCAUGCGCCCCACGCGGUCUGCGACAGUGUCCUUGUUUGGCAACCGCCGGCUUCGGCGUGCUAGCGAUGCUGGGUCCUUGGCACCGCCCAGUAAACCACCUCUGCCUCCGCGCCAGCUUUUGGAUGAGGCAUAACAAAUACACGCGUGGCAGUGUGCUCCACCUGGCUCAACACCUUCCUUCUUUUGCUUAAUUAUCGCCAGAAUUUCACUCAAGCGAAUUGAAACGGACAUCG